CUCGCGAUUUCUUUCCGUGGCGUCUCUCGCUGCACGGGAGCUCUCGUACUUCUCCCCUUCUCCCAAUUCCAUCCCUCUUCCUUCUCGUCAUCGCAGCCGUCGCCACCGCCGACGGUGCCGCCCACUAGGUCGGAUCCUCCUCCUCCUCCGGCGCCGCCCAUCCAUGACUAUGAUGACCCCGCCCCCUCUCGAUCAGGAAGAGGAUGAGAUACUGGUUCCACACUCUGAGUUCGUUGAAGGUCCCCAGCCCAUGGAAGUGACACAAGCGGAGAAUGCCACCACAGCUGAGAAUCACCAGGUGGAGGAUCCUCCCACGUCCAGAUUCACUUGGACUAUUGAAAACUUCUCCAGAUUGAAUGUGAAGAAACACUAUUCUGAAGUUUUCUUUGUUGGAGGCUUCAAAUGGCGUAUCUUGAUAUUUCCUAAGGGGAACAAUGUAGACCACUUGUCUAUGUAUCUAGAUGUUGCUGAUUCUGCAUCCCUGCCAUACGGGUGGAGUAGAUAUGCUCAAUUCAGUUUGUCUGUCAUCAAUCAAAUACAUAACAAGUAUACAAUCAGAAAAGAAACACAACACCAAUUUAAUGCACGGGAGAGUGAUUGGGGUUUCACAUCAUUUAUGCCCCUUAGUGAGCUCUAUGACCCGACAAGAGGGUAUCUUGUGAAUGAUACAUGUAUAGUGGAAGCUGAGGUGGCUGUCCGUAGGGUGGUUGAUUAUUGGUCCUAUGACUCCAAAAAGGAAACAGGUUAUGUUGGCCUGAAGAACCAAGGAGCUACUUGUUACAUGAACUCUCUUCUUCAGACUCUGUACCAUAUUCCCUAUUUUAGAAAAGCUGUGUAUCAUAUGCCUACAACUGAGAAUGAUAUGCCAUCUGGGAGCAUUCCUUUGGCCCUGCAAAGCCUGCUUUAUAAACUUCAGUAUAGUGAUAGUAGUGUUGCUACAAAGGAGCUGACGAAAUCCUUUGGAUGGGAUACGUAUGAUUCAUUCAUGCAGCAUGAUGUACAAGAACUUAACCGUGUCCUUUGUGAGAAGCUAGAAGACAAGAUGAAGGGAACUGUUGUGGAGGGCACAAUACAACAGUUGUUUGAAGGCCACCAUAUGAAUUAUAUUGAGUGUAUAAAUGUGGACUAUAAAUCUAGUAGGAAAGAGUCAUUUUAUGAUCUUCAGCUGGAUGUAAAAGGCUGCCGAGAUGUUUAUGCAUCUUUCGACAAAUAUGUUGAAGUUGAGCGGCUUGAAGGUGAUAACAAAUAUCAUGCAGAGCAAUAUGGUCUGCAGGACGCCAGGAAAGGUGUUCUUUUCAUUGAUUUCCCACCUGUUUUGCAACUUCAGCUAAAACGCUUUGAAUAUGACUUCAUGCGAGAUACUAUGGUUAAGAUAAAUGAUCGUUAUGAGUUCCCUCUCCAAUUAGACCUGGAUAGAGAUAAUGGUAAAUACCUUUCUCCUGAUGCAGACAGAAGUGUUCGCAACUUGUACACACUUCACAGUGUUCUCGUCCAUAGUGGUGGUGUGCAUGGGGGGCACUACUAUGCCUUUAUUCGCCCGACUUUAUCAGAUCAAUGGUACAAAUUUGAUGAUGAACGAGUAACUAAAGAAGAUAUGAAGAGGGCACUGGAGGAGCAGUAUGGUGGUGAAGAAGAGCUUCCUCCAGCCAACCCUGGCUUCAACAAUACUCCAUUCAAGUUUACAAAGUAUUCAAAUGCUUACAUGCUUGUUUACAUUCGUGAGAGUGACAAGGAGAAAAUCAUUUGUGAUGUGGAUGAGAAGGACAUUGCUGAGCAUUUAAGAAUACGAUUAAAGAAAGAACAAGAAGAGAAAGAGCACAAGAAAAAAGAAAAAGCAGAAGCUCACCUUUAUACCAUCAUAAAGGUUGCUCGGCAAGAGGAUUUGACGGAACAGAUAGGAAGGGUUAUCUAUUUUGACCUAGUGGAUCAUGAUAAAGUUCGUAGCUUCCGUAUUCAGAAACAAUUGCCCUUCACAAUUUUCAAGGAAGAGGUAGCGAAAGAAUUUGGUAUUCCUGUGCAAUUUCAGCGCUUUUGGCUGUGGGCUAAACGUCAAAACCACACGUAUCGUCCCAAUAGACCUUUAACUGCCCAAGAAGAAGCACAGUCUGUUGGACAGCUGAGAGAGGUUUCAAACAAAGCACAUAACGCUGAACUGAAACUAUUCUUGGAAGUUGAGACUGGAGCUGAUUUACGCCUUCUGCCACCACCUGAUAAAACAAAAGAGGACAUACUGCUUUUUUUAAAACUUUAUGACCCUGCAAAAGAAGAGCUAAGAUAUGUUGGGAGGCUUUUUGUGAAGGCAUUGGGAAAACCAGUUGAAAUAUUAACAAAACUGAAUGAAAUGGCUGGUUUUCCUCCAAACGAAGAAAUUGAAAUAUAUGAGGAAAUAAAGUUUGAGCCCAAUGUUAUGUGUGAACAUAUCGACAAGAAGCUUACAUUUCGUUCCAGCCAGCUGGAAGAUGGCGAUAUCAUUUGUUAUCAGAAAUCUCCCUUGUCAGAGAAUGGCAACCAGUUUCGCUAUCCUGAUGUUCCAUCUUUCCUGGAAUAUGUUCACAAUAGGCAGGUUGUUCAUUUCCGGGCAUUAGAGAAACCAAAGGAAGAUGACUUUUGUUUGGAGUUGUCUAAGCUUUUCACUUACGAUGAUGUUGUGGAAAGAGUUGCUCACCACCUUGGUGUUGAUGAUCCUUCCAAAAUCCGGCUCACAUCUCACAAUUGUUAUUCUCAGCAACCUAAGCCCCAGCCUAUAAAGUACCGUGGUGCAGAACAUCUAUCUGACAUGCUGGUUCACUAUAACCAGACCUCUGAUAUACUGUAUUAUGAAGUCUUGGACAUUCCUCUCCCAGAAUUGCAAGGACUAAAAACACUUAAAGUUGCAUUUCAUCAUGCCACAAAGGAUGAGGUGGUGAUCCACAGUAUUAGACUACCAAAAAAUAGCACUGUGGGUGAUGUGAUUAAUGACUUGAAGACUAAGGUUGAGCUUUCCCAUCCGAAUGCUGAACUCAGAUUGAUUGAGGUUUUCUAUCACAAGAUCUACAAGAUAUUUCCACAUCAUGAAAAGAUAGAAAACAUAAAUGACCAGUACUGGACAUUGCGUGCUGAGGAGAUUCCAGAAGAGGAGAAAAAUCUUGGUCCUCAUGACCGUUUGAUUCAUGUAUACCAUUUUAUGAAAGAUGCAAAUCAAAAUCAGAUGGUUCAAAACUUUGGUGAACCUUUCUUCUUGGUUAUUCAUGAAGGUGAGACAUUAGCUGAGGUCAAAGUACGCAUUCAAAAGAAACUGCAAGUUCCUGAUGAGGAAUUCGCCAAGUGGAAGUUUGCAUUUUUAUCACUUGGUCGCCCAGAAUAUCUCCACGAUACCGACAUUGUCUCCAGUCGUUUUCAGAGAAGAGAUGUUUAUGGUGCCUGGGAACAGUACCUUGGACUGGAGCAUGCUGAUACUGCUCCAAAAAGGUCUUAUACGGCCAAUCAGAACCGUCACACGUUUGAGAAGCCAGUGAAAAUCUAUAACUAGAAGAUAGACAAACCUGUGUCUCUCCUGACCAUUUGCAAGAGAUUAGUGCCAUAUAUUUGUCUUAUGAUGAUGCAAAAGAGGAGAGACUAGACAUUAGAAGGAGCAGCUCUGCAUGGAGUUAAUAUCAGGUAGCAGGGCUCACCAAGAACAAGGUACAGUGUUCAGUCUGGUGCUGGCAGUGCGGAGUGGGGGAGAGAGAAAAGAGAAGAGGUACCCUUCUUUGAUGGUUUGUGGGUAGAUCUUCAACUUCAACCUAGGAUGCUGCCUGUCUGCAUUCCUGCCUGCUUUUUGUUGUUCUACAUGUGUUUUAUCUUCUACCGAGCUCCCCCCCACCCAACCCACAUUAGAAAAGCAGUUUUUAAUUUGUUCAGCUUUCUCUUGGUUGUUCGUUCCAGUGUAAUUUUUCUGAGUAUAUAUAGAAAUGUUUUGGAAUAGUGGAUGAUGUAUACAAGGCCAUAGUUGCUCGCCCAGAUGUGUAGGACUCUUCUGUAUUGUUCAUUCUUGCUUCUUUUUAAGGCUUCCUCUUUGAUUUCCUCCUGUUAGCACUUAGCAGCUUAGCUAGGUGUGAUGAAUUGCGGUACUUGUGUAUCAUUAUUGUCAUUUUUCUCUGGUCACCGUCUGACUUGCCAGAUUCUCAACAUUAACAUUUAUUCAGGCAUCAUCAAGGAGACAAGGACACAAUAUUAUUAUUAUUA